GCUCGCGAUAACAAGGAUCAUUGCGAAAUCACAGCCACUCUGCAUAUGCACCAUGCCCUUGAACAUUCGUCACAUUCCGGAGCUUUCGGGCUGCAAGAGGCUCCAGCCGCCUCCCACAGCCUUAUGUCCAGCACCCGCAACCAACAGCCCCGCUCGCGAAAAGACUGGUCCAGGCAACAUCGAAAAGGCCAGCACUCGAGAGACCGGAGUCGACAUGCACGGAUAUCGCAUAAGACCGACCGCCCGCAAUCUCGCACCGUCUUCGAUCUGAUGACCGAUCAUCUCCUCCUAGGCGCCCCAAUAGAAAUAGCGGAAAAGACGAGGGAAGUAAGCCAGAAGAGCAACGUCUCGAUGCACCAGUCAAUCGCGGUCUUUCCUGACUCACCGUUCCCAGGCAAGCGGGAGCGAGCCAUCACUCGCCGGUGCCUUUGCCGGGACAGCACCAGCCGCACAAAAUGGCUUCUGAUGCUGCUGGUCUCACCAUGCGUCUCUGUCUGCUGGCGGUGCAAACGCGGACAAAUGAUCAUUUAAGUAAUACCAUCAAUCGGUCGCCAUGCCUCGCCCACACGCUCCGGACCACUGCAUGAUGCUUGUCAAGCCCGAGGAAGAUGAU